AUGGGUAUGAGCUUGAACAAACCAAUAAAUAACACGAAUGAAGCAAAUAAAGGAGAAGUUAAAAAAAAAAAAAUUUGUUGUGUUUGUUUAGAAACCAAAAAGUUGAGAGAUGAAUGUAUUAUUAAAUUGGGUGAAGAUCAGUGUAAGAAAUUUAUCGAUGAUCAUAAUAAAUGUUUAAGGAGUGAAGGUUUUGAUAUUAAAUAG